CCCCUCGCUUCCCCUUCAAUUCGGUGUAAGUCGGGUGGAGCAUAUGAGGGGGUGAAGAGAAGAAAGGAUUUACGCAACGGCUAAGCAGUUUAUAGAAUCACCGUUACUACAACGUGGUUAUUAAAUUAGACUGUAAAAAAAUGACUACGACCACCACUUUCCAGGGGAUGGAGCCAGAUGCAAAAAGUAGUUCCAGGGUACUGCGGCCCCCUGGGGGAUCCUCCAGCAUAUCCUUCGGCACGGACGAGGAUAAGCCGCCAGCUCGCAAGAACAGAACCGCCUCCAACAUCUUCGCGGAGCCCGACGACCCCCACGCUCAUCGACGGAACAACCCGCCCGGCGGGAAGCCCACGGGGGUGCUGUGUGGGGAACCGUCGGCCCCCCUGAGACGGUGUCACCAUGCCAACCAGAACAACUGCCUGUCCGAGGAGCCCAGCACCGGGGAUGGGAAAGUGGAGCAGCCAAGUGCCGGCCAUGAAGAGGAGCCAGAGGAGGUUCCAGAACAGAAGGAGGAGGCCCCACAGCCCUCGCCGCCCGUAGUAUCUGUGGAGCCGCCGUCCGGGCGAAGAAACCCCCCAGGCGGGAAGUCCAGCCUGAUCCUGGGAUGAAGUCGCCGCUCUCUCCCUCUCUCUCCUUGAACUCUUUCAUCAUUAUUUUUGAAAAGACUCCCUUUCCCCCAACCCCCCCCCCCCCCUUUCCUCUCCCAUGAGCCAUGGAGUUCUUCUCUUACUUUACAGCGCUUUGUUUUUUUUUUUUUACACAAACCCUCCCACAAAAAAACAAAACAAAAUGUCGACAAGCACUUUCUGUAUCUGCUGCAUUUCAGCCCAUCCUGUAGAGCAUCGGGCCUACUGAAAGAGGCAUGACACACAGCUCGACUUUCAUCCCCCCCCCCCUCCCCCCCAUGUAAAAAUGGUAAAGAUUUGAUGCGUGAAUUUCUAAAUACAAUAAAGAUUGAUAUGAA